AUGCCCAUCGAGCAGUCGAAAAGCAGCAGUCAAAUACUGCCUGCUGUCGUGCCUCGUGAUCCUGCAACAGUCAAGGGCAAAGGCCACCCAAAGAAGCAGAAGAUGAGUGCCCCUACCCACCAGCCCUCCGCACUUACUGACAGUCAGCGAGAGCCUUCCAGUUUUGAGGUAGUUGCAGCAAGCCAAGUCACAGCUACCCAGCAUCCCCGCAUCUCUUAUACUCCAGGCCAUGGCCGUGGGGGUGAUGGAGGUCAAUCCUCGGUUGCUCUCACUGCCAAUUCCACUGCCAAAUCUAACCAUGGUAGCACCGCCAGCCAACCUAUUGAGAUCGAUGGCUCUGCCCCAGGCGCACCUGGAGUUCAGAGAGGAGUUUGCAAGGAGGAGCAACAUGGCUUCAGAUGGCAAAAGGAAGCAUGGAAGACCUGUUGGCUCGAAAGAUAAGCAGCCGCACAAGCGCAAGUCAACUGGCAAGGCUCUUGAGGCAGUAGGUGAGGUGGAGGAGGAAGGUAGUGUUUGAGUUUGGUAUUCUAUCCCGGCUGCAUCACGGGUUUUGUGGAGUCCCCACAACAGUGAGCUAUUGCACC